AGUCCUGCUGGGAUCACCCUCUAGUUGCGUGACCUCAGUCUGCUCUCUCGGUUUCUUGGUCACCCGCCUGAAAACAAGCAUCUAUCAAUGGCGAGGCAGCUUCCUUUUUGGUGGGAUGGAGAUGGUGUGUCAACAGCCUUGGUGCCAGCCACUUUAUCCUGAGCAUGGCACCUGCAGGGACACUUGGUAGCAGAGUCAUGACCCCCAGCAUCGCCCCUGCACUUGACUUACAUGGGGGCGGCAAGCAAGCCAGGGAGCCCCGGCUCCUCAAUGUGUCUGCGAGGCUGUUGGCUGUUGAAAUCAGACAGGAAGGAAGGCUGAGGUGGAGCCCAGCACAGGAAGAGGUGAGGACCCGCAGGGGCAGCCGGUGGGCUCGGCUGGGACGGCAAAGAAGGUCGGGGCUGCACUGUUCUUGGCCCCUGCACAGCCGGUGGGUCGGUUAGUUGGCGUUGUAAGUGCCCUGAUCCCUAGUCCUGAGGACUCGGGCUGGCACAGGGAUUCCCAGGACAUCCACCACCGCCCGGCUGGAGCAGGGCUAAGACCAGGAGCACAGAGAUGGAGCCCCCAGGUCCCCCAGUCUUGGUGUCCCUGGAGCAGCAUCGAGGCCCGUGAGAACUGUGGACGACGGAGGGCUGGGCCCCAUCCAUUGAGUUCCUGGGGCCCUGCUGGAGGGGCUGCUGUGGCCAGGGCGCCCGGUCACAAAUGAAGACACCAAGAUGCAGAGAGAUGACUCAGCCUGCCCAUGGUCACCCAGCUGCUCCUGGAGGUAAUCCCCGACUCCAUGAGGAAGCAGGAGGUGCACACCGGCAGGGAGGCCGGCCAGGGCCACGGCACGGGCUCCCCAGCCGAGCAGGUGAAAGCCCUCAUGGAUCUGUUGGCAGGGAAAGGCAGUCAAGGCUUGCAGGCCCCACAGGCCCCAGACAGGACGCCAGACUCCCCACUGGGGCCCCACAGCAAUGACUCCAGGAUGCAGAGGCACCGCGAGGCCCUGCUGAGCAGGGUGGGAGGCGGCCCAGAUCUGGGCGGCCCCUCGCACAGGCUGCCCUCCCUCUUGCUGGUGGAGGGCCUGACGGACCUGCAGCUGAGGGAGCACGACUUUACUCAGGUGGAGGCCACCCGUGGCGGUGGGUGUCCCACCAGGACUGUAGCCCUGGACCGGCUCUUCCUGCCUCUCUCUCGGGUGUCUGUCCCACCCCGAGUCUCCAUCACCAUCGGGGUGGCCGGCAUGGGCAAGACCACCCUGGUGAGGCACUUCGUCCGCCUCUGGGCCUGCGGGCAGGUUGGCAAGGACUUCUCGCUGGUGCUGCCUCUGACCUUCCGGGAUCUCAACACCCACGAGAAGCUGUGCGCUGACCGACUUGUCCGCUCCAUCUUCCCGCAUGUCAGGGAACCCAGCCUGGCAGUGGCAGCCCCAGCCAGGGCCCUCCUGAUCCUGGACGGCUUGGACGAGUGCAGGACUCCUCUGGACUUCUCCAACACCGUGGCCUGCACGGACCCCAGGAAGGAGAUCCCAGUGGACCACCUGAUCACCAACAUCAUCCGCGGCAACCUCUUUCCAGAAGUUUCUGUCUGGAUCACCUCCCGUCCCAGUGCAUCAGGCCAGAUCCCGGGGGGCCUGGUGGACCGGAUGACUCAGAUCCGGGGCUUUAGUGAACAGGAGAUCAAGGUGUGUUUGGAGCAGAUGUUCCCCGAGGACCAGGCUCUCCUGGACUGGGUGCUGAGCCAAGUGCAGGCCGAUAGGGCCCUGUACCUGAUGUGCACCGUCCCAGCCUUCUGCAGGCUCACGGGGGCGGCGCUGGGCCACCUGUGGCGCAGCAGGACGGGGCCCCAGGACAAAGAGCUGUGGUCCCCAAGGACCCUGUGUGAGCUCUACUCAUGGUAUUUUAGGAUGGCCCUCAGUGGGGAGGGGCAGGAGAAGGGCAAGGCAAGCCCUCGUAUCGAGCAGAUGGCCCACAGUGGCCGCAAGAUGGUGGGGACACUGGGUCGGCUGGCCUUCCACGGGCUGCUCAAGAAGAAGUACGUGUUUUAUGAGCAAGACAUGAAGGUGUUUGGGGUGGACCUCGCUCUGCUGCAGGGCACCCUGUGCAGCUGCUUCCUGCAGCGGGAGGAGACGCUGACAUCCUCGGUAGCCUACUGCUUCACCCACCUGUCCCUGCAGGAGUUUGUGGCAGCCGCAUAUUACUAUGGCGCAUCCAGGAGGGCCAUCUUCGACCUCUUCACCGAGAGUGGUGUGUCCUGGCCUAGGCUGGGCUUCCUCACGCAUUUCAGGAGUGCAGCCCAGAGGGCCAUGCAGGUGGAGGACGGGAGGCUGGACGUGUUCCUGCGCUUCCUCUCUGGCCUCUUGUCUCCGAGGGUCAACGCCCUCCUGGCCGGCUCCCUGCUGGCCCAAGGCGAGCACCAGGCCUACCGGACUCAGGUGGCUGAGCUCCUGCAGGGCUGCCUGCGCCCUGAUGCCGCUGUCUGUGCACGGGCCAUCAACAUUCUGCACUGCCUGCAGGAGCUGCAGCACACGGAGCUGGCCCGCAGCGUGGAGGAGGCCAUGGAGAGUGGGGCCCUGGCUGGGCUGACUGGCCCCGCGCACCGUGCCGCCCUGGCCUACCUCCUGCAGGUGUCUGAUGCCUGUGCCCAGGAGGCCAACCUGUCCUUGAACCUCAGCCAGGGCGUCCUUCAGAGCCUGCUGCCCCAGCUGCUCUAUUGCCGGAAGCUCAGGCUGGACACCAACCAGUUCCAGGACCCCGUGAUGGAGCUGCUGGGCAGCGUGCUGAGUGGGAAGGACUGUCGCAUUCAGGAGAUCAGCCUGGCGGAGAACCAGAUCAGUAACAAAGGGGCCAAAGCUCUGGCCAGAUCCCUCCUGGUCAACAGAAGUCUGACCUCUCUGGACCUCCGCAGUAACUCCAUUGGACCACAAGGGGCCAAGGGACUCGCAGAUGCUCUGAAGAUCAACCGCACUCUGACCUCUCUGAACCUCCAGGGCAACACCAUCAGGGAUGAUGGUGCCAGGUCCAUGGCUGAGGCCUUCGCCUCCAACCGGACCCUCUCCGUGCUGCACCUGCAGAAGAACGGCAUUGGGCCCACAGGAGCCCAGUGGAUGGCAGAUGCCUUGAAGCAGAAUAAGAGUCUGAAGGAGCUCAUGCUCUCCAGUAAUAGUAUUGGUGAUGGAGGUGCCAAGGCCCUGGCUGAGGCCCUGAAGGUGAACCAGGGCUUGGAGAGCCUGGACCUGCAGAGCAAUUCCAUCAGUGACACGGGAGUGACAGCACUGAUGGGGGCCCUCUGCACCAACCAGGCCCUCCUCAGCCUCAGCCUUCGAGAAAACUCCAUCAGUCCCGAGGGAGCCCAGGCCAUCGCGCGUGCCCUCCGUGCCAACAGCACCCUGAAAAACCUGGACCUGACAGCCAACCUCCUCCACGACCAGGGUGCCCAGGCCAUUGCAGUGGCAGUGAGAGAAAACCGCGCCCUCACCUCCCUUCACCUGCAGUGGAACUUCAUCCAGGCUGGCGCUGCCCAGGCGCUAGGACAAGCAUUACAGCUCAACAGGAGCCUCACCAGCCUAGAUUUACAGGAGAACGACAUUGGGGAUGACGGAGCGUGUGCGGUGGCCCGUGCGCUGAAGGUCAACACAGCCCUCACCGCUCUCUAUCUCCAGGUGGCAUCCAUUGGUGCGCCAGGUGCCCAGGUGCUAGGGGAAGCCCUGGCUGUGAACAGAACCUUGGAGAUUCUCGACUUAAGAGGAAAUGCCAUCGGGGUGGCUGGAGCCAAAGCCCUGGCGAAUGCUCUGAAGGUAAACUCCAGUCUCCGGAGACUCAAUCUUCAAGAGAAUUCCCUGGGGAUGGAUGGGGCAAUAUUCGUUGCCACGGCACUGUCUGGAAACCACAGGCUCCAGCAUAUCAAUCUCCAGGGAAACCACAUUGGAGACUCGGGGGCCAGAAUGAUCUCAGAGGCCAUCAAGACAAAUGCUCCCAUGUGCACUGUUGAAAUGUGAGCAAAAUGAGUUCCUGGUGGAUGGAGCAGGAGGAUGGGCAGAGUCAGUUGGAAGCUGUUGAACAGAAAGGCCAACUUCUGGGGACCUUCCUGGGAGCUGGGAACGCUGCUCACUCAGCACGAGAGCCGGGCUCCGCACGGAAGAAGGAGAGAUGCUGCCAAAGGAGGUCGUGAGCCCCUCUCCUAGUGCAGGAGUGGUCCAGGCAGGGGCCAACAGGUACUCUGCUACAGCACAGAGAAUGGAGGGGGCCACCACCAAGGGACUAAGGGACAAAGGCCUGAAAGCUCGGCAGUGCAGGAGGCUAGUUCCAGCUUAUUUACAACCUGAGGACUUCACAUGCCCCGAACUCUUAAAAAUGUUGAUUACCGCCCCUUUCUACUCACCUGGUUAAAAUCAUCUCAAGCCUGUGAGAAGCAUGCGUUUGGCAGGGGCGACAGAGGGGACCCUUCUUUCUUUUCUCAAGAAGGUUUUAGGGCAUCAUCCUUACAGACAUGAAAAAAUUAUGGAAAAAUUGUGAAGAAAAAUUGAAAGUUUUAAUUCUAGGAUUCUAGAAACAGAGACAAGAGAAUUUUUUUUUUUUUUAGACAGAGUCUCGCUCUUGUCACCCAGGCUGGAGUGCAGUCGUGCCAUUUCAGCUCACUGCAGCCUCCGCCUCCCAGGUUCAUGUGAUUCUCCUGCCUCAGCCUUCCCACUUGUAGCUGGGAUUACAAGUGCCCACCACCAUGCCUGGCUACUUUUUGUAUUUUUAGUAGAGAUGAGGUUUCUCCAUGUUGCCCAAGCUGGUCUUGAACUCCUGACCUCAGGUGACCCAGCAGCCUUGGCGUCCCAAAUUGCUGGGAUUACACGCGUGGGCUACUCCUGGCCCCAUCUUUUAUUCAUUACAAAAUCAAAGAUGUGGUGAUGCCUGGUACAUGUUAUCUGGAGUCUGGCACAUUGGUUAUCAGUAGCACAUUCAAUGUAUUCAGUGAUGUCUUUUUUUUUGACACAGAAUCUCUGUUACCCAGGCUGGAGUGCAGUGGUACGAUCUCGGCUCACUGCAGCCUCUGCCUCCUGGGUUCCAGUGAUUCUCCUGCCUCAGCCUCCCAAGUAGUUGGGCCUACAGGUGUGCACCACCAUGCCCAGCUAAUUUUUGUAUUUGGUCAGGCUGCUCUCCAACUCCUGACCUCAAGUGAUCCACCCACCUCAGCCUCCCAAAGUGCUGGGAUUAGAGGCAUGAGCCACUGUGCUCGGCAGUGAUGUCAUUCCUUAUUAGGCUUCCAAAGCCACUGCUGUGGCCAUAGCUUCCCUAUGGAGACAGGCAAGCUGAGCCUCUAUGUGGCACCAAUUCCCACAGCUGUUUGUGUUGGAAGGAAAAAAAUCCAAAUGGACAUCACAGCUCUCAUCAAUUAAAGAACCAGAGAAAAUGUUUAUGAAGACUAUAAAGCAAUGAUCACUUUUGAAUUUGAAAGGAAUCACACUAUUGUUUAAAACGUUUCUUCAAAAGCGAGCAUCCAGACUGGAAUCAUCAUGGAUGCUGAGGCCAUGGAUACAGGCCUACUUGGGAAGAUGAUAUCCUCACAGUCUCAAAAUAGCAACCCACAAAGGUGAUAUCCUAAUUUACAAAUGGAAAAAGGUACCUUCAUCUAAAAUCUGGCCAAUGCAGCCUCAACAGAAGUGACAGAAUUGAACAUCGCUAAUAAUGGGACAAAUGGAUGUCACGUGCCUCCAGUCUGAUGCACCACGGAGUCGUCUCUGACGUAGUCUUGUCAAAAAAUGUUUGCCUGAUUCUAAUCAUGAAGGAACAAUUAGAAAAAAUCCAAACUGAUGGAUAUUCCGCAGAAUAAAAGGCCUGACCUCAUCAGAAACAUCAAUGUCAUGAAAAACACGAAAGGUUGCAGAUAGUGUGAAUUAAUUUAGUAGAGAUAUACCUUAAUGCAAGAUUUUUGGCUGGAUCCUAGACUGGAGGAAAAAGUCUGCUAUAAAGAACAGUUAGAUCACUUGUACCAGCUGGGAAAUAACAAACAAAACAUUAUUUAUAAAAGGGGGAAAUGUGAACAUGGCUCUUGCAGUAUUUAUAAGUUUGUGCUGGGCAUAGACUUCUAGACUGACAGCUGUUUUAGUGAUUUUAAGGUGAUGCCCCACUGCCUGCUGGUUUGCAUCGUUUCUGUCUGAGUGAAGAGCCAGGCAGAACACAGAGAGAGCUGCAUAGCCAAACACUGCAGAAAGCUAGACCCCAUAGAAACCUAACACUGAAGAAACCUCAGGAGCCAAAGUGGUGGAGAAAACACAGUCCUUCCUCUCUCCCUUUUCAAAUAAUGAUCAUACAUCUUCAAGCUGUCUGAAAUGGUUAGGAAGUUCAGGGAUGCACCAGAGCCAGCUGGCCCAAAAAUCCCAUCAGAGCAAAACAGGAGAAUUUAAUUCAUGUCCACAUAGAAUGGACAUACAGGUAAGAGGGAGGCUCUAUAGCUCCUUUCCAAUUAAAGGAGUCCUCAAUUCUAGCACCUGAGAGUCCCCUGGGUCUAACAGCUGUGAUAUUUAUGUACUGUGUUGCUCACCUAAAUGAAUAUAAUUUCCUUCCAGACAUGUGACACUGAUAUUAAAGUGCUAACAAAAGGGAUUUAUUUAUUUUUCAUGUUAAAAGAGAAACAAUAGUUCAGAUUUCCCGUCAGAAGUCCGAGGACUUUGUUUUUGGUAACUAGUACCAAUAAAAAUUGAGUAUCUGAAAAAUUCCUUUGUAGUUUCCAUCAAUACACAUUUUUAAAAGCAUUUUAGGAAGUCCUCUAAUUAUACAGCAAAAAAAAUUGUCAGCAGUGGCCUGCUAGUUUUUCACUGACCUAAUCACAACCAUCCUCCUCAGAUUCUGAGGUCUACUCUGCUACUUGGCCAAAACCACAUGGUGCCAGGUCACAAGGCACUUGCACCUAUGUGACUCCUGGAUCCAUUCUACAGUGGGUCACUAUUAACUGAAAUAAUGAAAAUGAUCAAGUACACAAAGCUUGCUGUUGACAGAAACUUCCUUACUCAAGCAAGGCAGUGCUACUGUACAUGGUGAGACUUUGCAAAGUCAGUUCACCAACAGAUGAAGGUGAACUGACUAGAAGUUCACCUAGAAGUUCAACUAGAAAUUCAACUAGAAGUUCAACUAGAAGCAGGUGGCACAAUGAAAUGCCCUUUGCAGCUGUUGCCUAUGUCUGUGGAUGGGCUCUUUGCAGCUCAGGUUAGGCUUCUGUGUUAAAGUGCAUUAGAAGAAAAUAUCACAUAAGGAAAAUAGAACUCUAUUUGCAUGUUUUUUUCAAAACAGACAUCAAGUCAGAUUCAGGCAAACCAAAUCCGUAACAUCCAAGAAGAUGGAGUGACUCUUCCGCAUCUUAAAGCCAUGGCAUCUGAGGUGGCUGGCAUGGCUCCAACACACUGGCUUCCCUGUCAGUGUAUCAUUUACAAUACAGUGCAUUUCAAACUACUGGUGAAUUCACUGAAUGCUGGCUGUGUUUUUGUGUGUGUGUUUUUUUUAAAGGAAUAAAAUCUUAAAAUUUAGGAAAAGA